GAGCAAAGUCUGAGAGGGAGUGAUUCCUGGAUACUACCUUGUAAAAGAGCUAGCCCUGUAUGCUGGAUUAACUAUGUAUUAGCAUUGUAAUUAGCAGUGAGAUACGGAGGACUGGUUGUUUGAUUGAAGUGUUGGUGGAAUCCUCUCUGUCUCAUGGAGUUCAGUGAGCUACAAAGACAGAGCUCCACUAUAGCCCACGGUUACCAUGAUGCCCAGCAGUUGGCGAGGUUACGGAGUAAGUCUGUAGUGUCCAAUCAGAAUGGCCCUCAGUUCAACUGGGGUUCUCCCCCAUCGGAGGGGGGAGAGGAGGGUGACUCGGGACCCCCUAAGGACCUCAGAGAGCGGCCUAUGACCAUGCGCCUGAAGAGAGCGAUACGGGAGGUGCAACAGAUGCGUGUGCCUGUGGUGACUAGCUGGCAGUCGUGGAAAAGGAGCAAGGCCAAGUCCCUGAGCAGGUUCAGAGCAGAUGCAGGGGGAGUCAUGUCCUACGUAGCUCUGUGGAGAAAGGCUCUGCAUAAGAUAGGAGGCCACUUUGGCGGUGGUGUCCAGUCCUACUUCAUGUUCCUGCGCUUCCUGGUGGUGCUCAACUUCCUGUCGUUCUUGCUGAUUGCUGGGUUCAUCCUCAUCCCCAGUAUCGUGUUCAGAUUCACCAGCACCAGUAACAUGACAGUGGACGACACUGGUCCAGAGGUGUGUAAGGUCUAUGAUCCAAAUCUUCAAGGUCUGGUGGUGUUUUACCAGUACUUCCUGGACUUACUCUCUGGAACGGGUUUCAUGGAGUACUCCUACAUGUUCUAUGGUUACUAUAACAACACCGUGGCAGAGAGCAGUGGCUUCCACUACAACCUGCCCCUGGCCUACCUCCUCACCUCCGUCUUCUACUUCGCCUUCUGUCUCAUCUGCAUCAUCACACGCAUGGGGAGCGCACUUCGCGUUGCUGUGGCAACAGGCAGCGGUGCUGCCGGCAGUUACAGCAAGAUGGUGUUCACUGGCUGGGACUACGGUUGCCAGGGAGACCGGGCCACCAAACUCAAACAGAAAAGCAUCCACUACCAGCUACAGGUGGACCUGGAGGAGGAGAGGCUACAGAAAAAGGCUUUGUCUCUAACCUUAGGUCAGACAGUGGGUCUGUGUUCUCUACGCAUCUUCCUCAUGCUCGUCUCCCUCGCCCUCAUAGGAGGAGCUUUCUUUGGCAUCUUCAAGGCUACUGUCUUCAGCCAGGCACAGGUUGGAGCAGAGGGCAUUCUGGGCCUGUUCUGGGUUUACCUUCCUUCCAUCGUCAUCACAACAGGAAACUUUGUUGUGCCUCUCAUGUGUGACCAGAUAGCCCUGUUUGAGAGAUAUUCUCCUAGUACCACCAUCAUCAUGGCACUGUUCAGGUCAGUGUUUCUGCGUAUGAUAAGUCUGGGAGUGCUGCUGUUUACACUGUGGAGUCAGAUCACCUGCUUUAAAGACAGUCCAAAAUGUGAGCUCUGCCAGUACAACAACAAGGAAUAUCCGUGCUGGGAGACGCGUGUGGGACAGGAGAUGUACAAACUGGCCUUGUUUGACUUCCUCAUUACCAUCGCCAUGCUUAUCCUGGUGGAGUUUCCACGCAGGUUGUUUGUGGACCACUACUCCUGUGCACUGACCCGGUGGGUAGGUCGUCAGGAGUUCUUGGUGCCUCCCAAUGUGCUGGGUCUGGUCUACGGUCAGACAGUGGUGUGGACCGGAGCUCUGUUCUGCCCUCUGCUGCCUCUCAUCAACACACUCAAGUUCUUCAUCCUCUUCUACUGCAAGAAGGUCACUCUGUUUUCUAACUGUCGUCCGGCGGUGAAGACGUUCCGCUCCACCACCUCCACCAUCUUCUUCCUGGUGGUGUUGCUGUUCGGCUGGGGCCUCGCCCUCGUCGCCAUGAUCUACAGCCUGGCCCAGAUCCAUCCCUCUAUGAGCUGUGGUCCGUUCCGCUCUCUCACUAUGAUGUGGAGUAUCGUUCCCAACACCUUCUACACUCUCUCCCUGACAACACAAGACUUCAUCUUCUACAUGGGCUCCCAGGCCUUCUCCAUCCCUCUCUUCAUCUUCUCCUGUGUGGUGCUGUGUUACGUAGCAGCUCUAGCCGCAGUCUAUGGGAAGAGUGUUGAUCUGCUAAAGGCCCAGUUUAAACUGGAGGGACGUGAUAAGCAGUUCCUGGUCAAGCAGAUUGAAGAGCUGAGUAGAGAGAUGGGGGUUCCAACAAGGGACCAAUUGGACACAUUUGACACUGGUGCAGCAAACUGACUCAGACACCAGGCUCAAACCCACGGCCCAUAUCCCGGCCCAAGGCACUUCUUGUAGAUUUGAAAGGCUUAGAUAGGUUUUGCAUGUGGCAAUAGCACAAAGCACAUAUCUACACCUUCACAAAACACUUUACAAUUGUCACUCUCUAGUGUGCGAUAGCUACAUUUGAGGCAAAGUUUUACUUAUGAUUGAGUGGUGGUAGUCUCACCUAGCUACGGCAUCUUAAGAUGAAUGCACCAACUGUAAGUCACUCUGGAUAAGAGCUUCUGCUAAAUGACUAAUCUGCUUGCUUCUACACCUGCAUUGCUUGCUGUUUGGGGUUUUAGGCUGAGUUUCUGUACAGCACUUCGAGAUAUUAGCUGAUGUACGAAGGGCUAUAUAAAAUAAACUUGAUUUGAUUUAA